UUGGCUUAUUUUUUUGUGGUUGUAAUUCCCUUCUGUGAGUGUAAGUGGGUGUGAAUCUGUGUGGGUGUAUGUCAUGGUUUCUCCUCUCAGUCUCUAUACUGCUCAUUUUUUCUCCAUAGUCUGACAUCACUGGAGUUUCCCCUGGUCUUGCAGUCUAUGCUUUAAAAAGAAUGAAGAACCAGCUUUUCUGAGCACAACGCUGACAGACCAACCAAGCAAAACACUGAAGUGAUAAACCGCGCUGAGGAGACUUUACAAGACCAUUUAAAAGUGUACUGACACACUGCAGUUUCUUAUAUUUGGACAUAGUUGAACUUGAGCUUUCGGAGGACUAACAAGACACAAUGAUGAUGGAUCUUGAGAGUCAGUUUCUUGAAGAAGGAGCGCUGCCCUUACCACAGGUGAUGGUGUCGAGGAGGAAGGCCGGCUCCUCAAAGUCAGGCGUCUGGCGGGUGUGUGGGGUCCUGCUGGCUGUGGCCCUGUGUGCCGCCGCUGCUGUCUGCUUCACGCUCAACAAGUCUCAGAACAAUCAGGAAGGUGGAAAUGAGCUAAGGCUCACAUUAAGAGACCAUCUUUCAAAAGAAAAUGUCACUUCCAAGGUUGCCAUCCAUUUAACAGGUGCAUAUGACCCUGACGUGUCUAAGGACAACCUAGACUGGAAACAGAACCAGGACCAGGCUUUUGUUUCAGGUGGCUUGGAAUUAGUGGACAGAGAGAUCAUCAUUCCUAACGACGGCAUUUACUUCGUCUACAGCCAGGUGUCUUUCCACAUCAGCUGCAAGAAUGACAUACCUGAGGACCACGACGUCGUGCAUAUGAGCCACGCAGUGUGGCGCUACUCUGAGUCCUACGGCAGCUACAAGCCGCUUUUCAGCGCGAUCCGCUCCGCCUGCGUACAGGCGUCUGACACUGAAGAUCUGUGGUACAACACCAUUUACCUCGGUGCGGCCUUCAACCUGCGAGCUGGAGACAAACUGCGCACCGAAACCACCACAGAACUCCUGCCCCGCGUUGAAAACGAGAACGGAAAGACCUUCUUUGGGGUGUUUGCUUUAUGAUAUGCACUCUAAAAAUCCGUAAAAACAGGACACAAUGUACUGUACCUAUUUAUAUGAAGGAACUUUCCAUUUUUAUUUUUUUA